GUACCAUAACUCUCGGGUACGGUAGCUCAUUACUUACUGUCUCCUCAACUCAUGAAGAAACAAAAGUCAGACCGGCUAGACAAUAUGGCUUUCAGAAAGAUAGAGGAGAUAUGUGCUGUGGAGACAGAAAAGUCAGAGCACAUGGAUCUCUAUGUCGACCCUUCACGCGUACGUUUCAACCUCCCCGUGAUAAAAUCUGUCAGUGCCACUUUCUGUAAUACACGCUGCCUUGACAUUUAACUCCCUGUAGGAGGCCAGAAUCAGGCGACGAUACAAUUCGCACCUGUGCUUUUUUCCAGUUAUUUUGCUGCAUAUCUACACCUCUGAGUUAUCCUUGACCCUGAGAGUGCAUGCGAAAAUGCUGUAGGAAACAAGUGUCACCGGGUACGGUAGUGCAGAGUCAGCGAAGUGGUCCAUACGACAGAGAGCUCAAACUUGAUGCCAAGAUCAGAGAUGAAUCUAAUGUGUGCAAAGCCUGACCGUUAUGCACUAAUACUUUCUUCACAUGCUGUUUGUAGGAAAUACUCAAUUAUGCACCCCCUCCUAACCUCCAAACUCCGAGGAGAAAUACUCAUCUAGAAUUUUUGUUGUUACCUAGCACUGGACAAGUGUAGGCUUACCAAGUUCCUCAA